AUGGCCUUUUCUUCGUCUUUCUUUUACCGGAACAAAGCUGUUCCAGAGGACAUUCCGUCUGAUACAGAGUCUGUUGUGUCAGGGAGUGACACUGACGAUGACUUCACGCCCCGUGAUGAUGAAAUAUCAGAGAGAGGAAGCAUGUCGGGUGAAUCUGAUGGGGAAGACGAGGAUACAAGCACUGUCACCAACAAAAGGCCCAUAAAGUGGAUGAAAAAGGAUUAUUCACCGUCCCUGAAUCAAUUUUCUGAGUUCACUGGAGUCCUAUGUGACAGCGCAUUUGAGACUGAAGUGCGCCCUGUGGAUGUGUUUCUCCAGUUGUUUCCUGAAGAUUUGAUUGACGACAUGGUCUUUCAGACCAACUUGUAUGCCGUUCAGAACGCUACGACAUUUCCCCCAACAAAUAACGAGGAAAUGAAGGCAUUUCUGGCCAUAAAUAUCCUCAUGGGAAUCAAGAAACUCCCGAGCUACAGGGACUAUUGGUCUAGCAUGGAAAUAAUGAGGGAUCCGUACAUUGCAAACGUCAUGUCGGUAAAGCGCUUUAGCAGCCUUCUUUCUAAUUUUCACAUCAACGACAACAGCAGGGCACCUGAACGUGGAACGAAGGAUUACGACAAGCUCUACAAGGUGCGCCCACUGCUGAACAGGCUCAGCCAAACUUUUGCAAAAUGUUACGCCCCAACCAAGUACCAGAGUGUCGACGAAUCUAUGAUAAAAUUCAAAGGGAGGUCUACGCUAAAGCAAUAUAUGCCGCAGAAGCCGAUCAAACGCGGGUACAAGGUGUGGGUUCGAGCCGACGCAAACGGGUACAUCUGCCAGUUUGAGAUCUAUAUUGGCCGUGGAAAGGAUACGGUGCCCGAGCACGGCCUUGGUGAACGUGUUGUGCGAUCCCUGUCAGAGGCCCUCCACAACAAACAUCAUCACGUGUUCUUUGAUAAUUUCUUUACAUCGGUGCCUCUGCUCACAGACCUUCUGGAGAAAGGUGUAUAUGCCACUGGUACCAUUCGUGCAAACAGGAAGUUUCUUCCAGAACUCAAGUCCGAUAAGGCAAUGAAAAGGGGGGACGUAGACCAGAGAGUGUCAGCUAGGGGUAUCUUGGUAGCCAAAUGGAAAGACAAGAGGUGUGUGACAGUUGCAUCAAAUGCCCACGGUACCGAAAUAUCAACAGUGCCGAGGAAGUCCAAAGACGGAUCAACAGAAACCAUCCCGUGCCCACAGGUGGUCCUAGACUACAAUUCCCACAUGGGAUACGUGGACAAAGCUGAUAUGAUGAAGAGUAUUUAUGAAAUCGACCGGAAAAGCCGCAAGUGGUGGCAUCGGAUUGCUUUUCAUUUCCUGGAUGUUGCAAUAGUAAACGCGCAUGUCCUAUACAAUCAGGUAGCCACGAAUGCUAAUGUCACCCUCAAGGAUUUUCGCACGGAACUUGUAGCAGGCAUGCUGGGAGCACAAGAACUCAAUAAAAAGGGGACAAAAAGGAAGCGAUCUGAGGUAGAACUUUCACCCAGCUCUUCUGCAUACAAAAAGAAGGAACUUUCGAAACAAAAACUGGAAAGUCAGGAGCAUGCAGGAGCACUGGAUGGUGAACAUGUCACACGCCAAGCGAGAAUUUAUGUGGCCCUCUCAACAAAAGAUAGUCAUACAGAGCACACCUUCGGUAUGGCAUUGAGCUAUGCACAGCCAAUGGAUGCUGAUGUGUCAACCAAGAUAAACCACCUUGCUCAGUAG